CAACAAAACCAACACACAUUUCCAUGUCGCCACCACGACACAUUUUGAAGCUCAGCCUCGAGGAGCAGCGGCAGUUCAUCGAUUCCUUCGAUUUGGUGAUCAGCGACUGCGAUGGCGUCGUCUGGCUCCUGGUGGGCUGGAUUCCCAACACGGGAGCCGCCGUCAAUGCCUUGAAAGCGGCCGGCAAGCAGAUCAAGUUCGUGUCGAACAACAGCUUCCGGUCCGAGGAGGCUUACAUGGAGAAGUUUCGCCACAUCGGCGCCAAGAACGUCCAGGAGGACGACAUCGUCCAUCCGGUGAAGACCAUUGUCCGGUACCUGAAGAAGCACAAGCCGGGGGAGCGGGUAUUCUCCCUCAUGUCCCUCGAAGCGAACGAAACGUUGCGUAAGCACAACAUCGAGUUUGAAUCGCUGCAAGUCAAGGAGCACCUGACGGCCGCGUCGCUGGUGGAUCACCUGGCCAUUGAAAAGCCCGUGGGCGCUGUGCUUUUCGACAUCCACUUGGACCUCUCGUACGUGGAGCUGGCGAAGGCCAUCAGGCACCUUCAGGAGAACGACGACUGCCAGUUGAUAGCCGGCGGCAGCGAUGUCAUCAUGCCACUGGCGGAGAAUCUCAAUGUGGCCGGCUUCUUUGACUUCCUGGAGCACGUUAAACGCUACACGCAACGCGAGGCCACGUUCCUGGGCAAGCCGUCUCCCAUUUUGGGCGAGAUGUUUGGCGAAAUGUUCGAGAUUCGUGAUUGCAAGCGCUGCAUCUUCAUCGGGGACACCCUGGUGCAGGAUGUGCAGUUCGGCAAGGCCUGCGGCUUCCAGUCCCUGCUGGUACUUAGCGGCUGCCUCACCAAGGAGGACAUGCUGAACGCCCCGGUGGAAGCCCAGCCGGACUACUAUGCCGAUAGCCUGGCCGACUUCACGCAGCUGCUUGAAAAUAUUCAAAAAUAGAUUAGGGAUCGUGUGCCGCAGGGAAAUUACGAGAAACGUGCUACCUGAAAUUAGCAAUAUCAACGCAAGAUAAAGUAGUGUGUUCUUUAAUCGAAAACCGAUCCACCGUUAUUGCUUAUUCGAUAUAAUCAUUGUUGAAUUUUAAAGUUUAUAAAUGUCUACGAAAUUGAUGCAUUUAAAUCAAUCCGAAUCGGAUCGAUUCGAAAUGGGCUUGCUACUGUA